AAAACCUCACCUACUCUCGCGGGUCCUCAGCGUUCUCCUGCGGAACCUUUGAACUGCGUACUCGAGCCCACAGGGGAAAAGCAGCGGAAGGGGCCUUUCGGAACGAUUCGGAGCGAAAGGAAGUGGAACAAACGCGGAACCAUGGCCGCUAUGGUUGCUGUUUGCGGUGGUCUAGGGAGGAAGAAGUUGACACGCUUGGUAACGGCUGCUGUCAGCCUUACACAUCCCGGGACUCACACGGUGCUUUGGAGAAGAGGUUGUUCACAAUAUAAACAGGUAUCCAGCAACGAGGACCUGCCCAUUACAAUGGAAAAUCCUUAUAAAGAACCUCUUAAGAAAUGUAUCUUGUGUGGAAAGCGUGUAGAUUAUAAGAAUGUACAGCUUUUGUCCCAGUUUGUUUCUCCAUUUACUGGAUGCAUUUAUGGAAGGCACAUUACAGGUCUUUGUGGGAAGAAACAGAAAGAAAUCACAAAAGCAAUUAAGAGAGCUCAAAUACUGGGGUUUAUGCCAGUUACAUACAAGGAUCCCGCAUAUCUCAAGGACCCUAAAGUUUGUAACAUCAGAUAUCGAGAAUAAAUUAUAUCACAUUUCCACCAAUAAACUUAUUUUACAGUAAGUGGUUGUAUGAUGCCAAUAUUGACUCAAACCAAACUUUGGAUACAAAAGUGUUUGAGGAGUGAGGUAAAGAAUGACACUUCCCUUCAUACCAAUGUCCAUUAAGCAGAUUGCUUAUUUAAAAUGUUAACACUCAUCACAUUUUACAUAUGUUGAAUAAAGUGGUUCUGUGUGAUUUUCAUUUA